AUGGGUCGGGCGGGCAGCAUGGGUUGGCGGGCAGCAUGGGUUGGGUGGGCAGCAUGGGUUGGGCGGGUAGCAUGGGUUGGGCGGGCAGCAUGGGUUUGGCGGGCAGCAUGGGUUGGGCGUGGCAGCAUGGGUCGGGCGGGCAGCAUGGGUUGGGCGGGCAGCAUGGGUUGGGCGGGCAGCCAUGGGUCGGGCGGGCAGCAUGGGUUGGGCGGGCAGCAUGGGUCGGGCGGGCAGCAGGUUGGGCGGACAGCAUGGGUUGGGCGGGCAGCAUGGGUUGCGGGCAGCAUGGGUCGGGCGGGCAGUAAUGGGUUGGCGGGCAGCAUGGGUCGGGCGAGUGCAGCAUGGGUCGGGCGGGCAGCAUGGGUUGGGCGGGCAGCAUGGGUCGGGCGGGCAGCAUGGGUUGGGCGGCAGCAUGGGUUGGCGGGCAGCAUGGAUUGGGCGGGCAGCAUGGGUUGGGCGGGCAGCAUGGGUUGGGCGGGCAGCAUGGGUUGGGCGGGCAGCAUGGGUUGGGCGGGCAGCAUGGGUUGGGCGGGCAGCAUGGGUUUGGGCGGGCAGCAUGGGUUGGGCGGCCGCAGCAUGGGUUGGGCGGGCAGCGAUGGGUUUGGUCGGGCAGCAGGGUUGGGCGGGCAGCAUGGGUUGGCGGGGCAGCAUGGGUUGGGCGGGCAGCAUGGGUUGGGCGGGCAGCAUGGGUUGGGCGGGCAGCAUGGGUUGGGCGGGCAGCAUGGGUCGGGCGGGCAGCAUGGGUUGGGCGGGCAGCAUGGGUUGGGCGGGCAGCAUGGGUUGGGCGGGCAGCAUGGGUUGGGCGGGCAGCAUGGGUCGGGCGGGCAGCAUGGGUCGGGCGGGCAGCAUGGGUUGGGCGGGCAGCAUGGGUCGGGCGGGCAGCAUGGGUUGGGCGGGCAGCAUGGAUUGGGCGGGCAGCAUGGGUUGGGCGGGCAGCAUGGGUUGGGCGGGCAGCAUGGGUUGGGCGGGCAGCAUGGGUUGGGCGGGCAGCAUGGGUUGGGCGGGCAGCAGCAUGGGUUGGCGGGCAGCAUGGGUUGGGCGGGCAGCAUUUGGGCGGGCAGCAUGGGUUGGGCGGGCAGCAUGGGUUGGGCGGGUAGCAUGGGUUGGGCGGGCAGCAUGGGUUGGGCGGGCAGCAUGGGUCGGGCGGGCAGCAUGGUUGGCAUGGGUUGGGCGGGCAGCAUGGGUUGGGCGGGCAGCAUGGGUCGGGCGGGCAGCAUGGGUCGGGCGGGCAGCAUGGGUUGGGCGGGCAGCAUGGGUCGGGCGGGCAGCAUGGGUUGGGCGGGCAGCAUGGAUUGGGCGGGCAGCAUGGGUUGGGCGGGCAGCAUGGGUUGGGCGGGCAGCAUGGGUUGGGCGGGCAGCAUGGGUUGGGCGGGCAGCAUGGGUUGGGCGGGCAGCAUGGGUUGGGCGGGCAGCAUGGGUUGGGCGGGCAGCAUGGGUUGGGCGGGCAGCAUGGGUUGGGCGGGCAGCAUGGGUUGGGCGGGCAGCAUGGGUCGGGCGGGCAGCAUGGGUUGGGCGGGCAGCAUGGGUUGGGCGGGCAGCAUGGGUCGGGCGGGCAGCAUGAGUCGGGCGGGCAGCAUGGGUCGGGCGGGCAGCAUGGGUUGGGCGGGCAGCAUGGGUUGGGUGGGCAGCAUGGGUUGGGCGGGUAGCAUGGGUUGGGCGGGCAGCAUGGGUUGGGCGGGCAGCAUGGGUUGGGCGGGCAGCAUGGGUCGGGCGGGCAGCAUGGGUUGGGCGGGCAGCAUGGGUGGGGCGGGCAGCAUGGGUCGGGCGGGCAGCAUGGGUUGGGCGGGCAGCAUGGGUCGGGCGGGCAGCAUGGGUUGGGCGGGCAGCAUGGGUUGGGCGGGCAGCAUGGGUGGGCGGGCAGCAUGGGUCGGGCGGGCAGUAUGGGUUGGGCGGGCAGCAUGGGUCGGGCGGGCAGCAUGGGUCGGGCGGGCAGCAUGGGUUGGGCGGGCAGCAUGGGUCGGGCGGGCAGCAUGGGUUGGGCGGGCAGCAUGGGUUGGGCGGGCAGCAUGGAUUGGGCGGGCAGCAUGGGUUGGGCGGGCAGCAUGGGUUGGGCGGGCAGCAUGGGUUGGGCGGGCAGCAUGGGUUGGGCGGGCAGCAUGGGUUGGGCGGGCAGCAUGGGUUGGGCGGGCAGCAUGGGUUGGGCGGGCAGCAUGGGUUGGGCGGGCAGCAUGGGUUGGGCGGGCAGCAUGGGUUGGGCGGGCAGCAUGGGUUGGGCGGGCAGCAUGGGUUGGGCGGGCAGCAUGGGUUGGGCGGGCAGCAUGGGUUGGGCGGGCAGCAUGGGUUGGGCGGGCAGCAUGGGUCGGGCGGGCAGCAUGGGUUGGGCGGGCAGCAUGGGUUGGGCGGGCAGCAUGGGUCGGGGGCGGGCAGCAUGGGUUGGGCGGGCAGCAUGGGUCGGGCGGGCAGCAUGGGUUGGGCGGGCAGCAUGGGUUGGGCGGGCAGCAUGGGUUGGGCGGGCAGCAUGGGUUGGGCGGGCAGCAUGGGUUGGGCGGGCAGCAUGGGUGGGUCGGGCGGGCAGCAUGGGUCGGGCGCGGGCAGCAUGGGUUGGGCGGGCAGCAUGGGUCGGGCGGGCAGCAUGGGUUGGGCGGGCAGCAUGGGUUGGGCGGGCAGCAUGGAUUGGGCGGGCAGCAUGGGUUGGGCGGGCAGCAUGGGUUGGGCGGGCAGCAUGGGUUGGGCGGGCAGCAUGGGUUGGGCGGGCAGCAUGGGUCGGGCGGGCAGCAUGGGUUGGGCGGGCAGCAUGGGUUGGGCGGGCAGCAUGGGUUGGGCGGGCAGCAUGGGUUGGGCGGGCAGCAUGGGUUGGGGCGGCAGCAUGGGUUGGGCGGGCAGCAUGGGUUGGGCGGGCAGCAUGGGUCGGGCGGGCAGCAUGGGUUGGGCGGGCAGCAUGGGUUGGGCGGGCAGCAUGGGUUGGGCGGGCAGCAUGGGUUGGGCGGGCAGCAUGGGUUGGGCGGGCAGCAUGGGUCGGGCGGGCAGCAUGGGUUGGGCGGGCAGCAUGGGUUGGGCGGGCAGCAUGGGUCGGGCGGGCAGCAUGGGUUGGGCGGGCAGCAUGGAUUGGGCGGGCAGCAUGGGUUGGGCGGGCAGCAUGGGUUGGGCGGGCAGCAUGGGUUGGGCGGGCAGCAUGGGUCGGGCGGGCAGCAUGGGUUGGGCGGGCAGCAUGGGUCGGGCGGGCAGCAUGGGUUGGGCGGGCACAGCAUGGAUUGGGCGGGCAGCAUGGGUCGGGCGGGCAGCAUGGGUCGGGCGGGCAGCAUGGGUCGGGCGGGCAGCAUGGGUUGGGCGGGCAGCAUGGGUUGGGCGGGCAGCAUGGGUUGGGCGGGGCAGCAUGGGUUGGGCGGGCAGCAUGGGUCGGGCGGGCAGCAUGGGUUGGGUGGGCGGGCAGCAUGGGUUGGGCGGGCAGCAUGGGUUGGGCGGGCAGCAUGGGUUGGGCGGGCAGCAUGGGUUGGGCGGGCAGCAUGGGUUGGGCGGGUAGCAUGGGUUGGGCGGGCAGCAUGGGUUGGGCGGGCAGCAUGGGUCGGGCGGGCAGCAUGGGUUGGGCGGGCAGCAUGGGUUGGGCGGGCAGCAUGGUUUGGGCGGGCAGCAUGGGUUGGGCGGGCAGCAUGGGUUGGGCGGGCAGCAUGGGUUGGGCGGGCAGCAUGGGUCGGGCGGGCAGCAUGGGUCGGGCGGGCAGCAUGGGUUGGGCGGGCAGCAUGGGUCGGGCGGGCAGCAUGGGUUGGGCGGGCAGCAUGGAUUGGGCGGGCAGCAUGGGUUGGGCGGGCAGCAUGGGUUGGGCGGGCAGCAUGGGUUGGGCGGGCAGCAUGGGUUGGGCGGGCAGCAUGGGUUGGGCGGGCAGCAUGGGUUGGGCGGGCAGCAUGGGUUGGGCGGGCAGCAUGGGUUGGGCGGGCAGCAUGGGUUGGGCGGGCAGCAUGGGUUGGGCGGGCAGCAUGGGUCGGGCGGGCAGCAUGGGUUGGGCGGGCAGCAUGGGUUGGGGCGGGCAGCAUGGGUCGGGCGGGCAGCAUGAGUCGGGCGGGCAGCAUGGGUCGGGCGGGCAGCAUGGGUUGGGCGGGCAGCAUGGGUUGGGUGGGCAGCAUGGGUUGGGCGGGUAGCAUGGGUUGGGCGGGCAGCAUGGGUUGGGCGGGCAGCAUGGGUUGGGCGGGCAGCAUGGGUCGGGCGGGCAGCAUGGGUUGGGCGGGCAGCAUGGGUUGGGCGGGCAGCAUGGGUCGGGCGGGCAGCAUGGGUUGGGCGGGCAGCAUGGGUCGGGCGGGCAGCAUGGGUUGGGCGGGCAGCAUGGCAUGGGUCGGGCGGGCAGCAUGGGUCGGGGCGGGCGGGCAGCAUGGGUUGGGCGGGCAGCAUGGGUCGGGCGGGCAGCAUGGGUUGGGCGGGCAGCAUGGGUUGGGCGGGCAGCAUGGAUUGGGCGGGCAGCAUGGGUUGGGCGGGCAGCAUGGGUUGGGCGGGCAGCAUGGGUUGGGCGGGCAGCAUGGGUUGGGCGGGCAGCAUGGGUUGGGCGGGCAGCAUGGGUUGGGCGGGCAGCAUGGGUUGGGCGGGCAGCAUGGGUUGGGUGGGCAGCAUGGGUUGGGCGGGCAGCAUGGGUUGGGCGGGCAGCAUGGGUUGGGCGGGCAGCAUGGGUUGGGCGGGCAGCAUGGGUUGGGCGGGCAGCAUGGGUUGGGCGGGCAGCAUGGGUGGGCGGGCAGCAUGGGUUGGGCGGGCAGCAUGGGUUGGCGGGCAGCAUGGGUCGGGCGGGCAGCAUGGGUUGGGCGGGCAGCAUGGGUUGAGGCGGGCAGCAUGGGUUCGGGCGGGCAGCAUGGGUUGGGGCGGGCAGCAUGGUUGGGCGGGCAGCAUGGGGUUGGGCGGGCAGCAUGGGGUUGGGGGCGGGCAGCAUGGGUCGGGCGGGCAGGCAUGGGUUGGGCGGCAGCAGUUGGGUUGGGCGGGCAGCAUGGGUCGGGCGGGCAGCAUGGGUCGGGCGGCAGCAUGGGUUGGGGCGGGCAGCAUGGGUCGGCGGGCAGCAUGGGUUGGCGGGCAGCAUGGUUGGGCGGCAGCAUGGAUUGGGCGGGCAGCAUGGGUUGGGCGGCACAUGGGUUGGGGGUCGGGCAGCAUGGUUAUGGCGGGCACAUGGGUUGGGCGGGCAGCAUGGGUCGGGCGGGCAGCAUGGGUUGGGCGGGCAGCAUGGGUUGGGCGGGCAGCAUGGGUUGGGCGGGCAGCAUGGGUUGGGCGGGCAGCAUGGGUUGGGCGGGCAGCAUGGGUUGGGCGGGCAGCAUGGGUUGGGCGGGCAGCAUGGGUCGGGCGGGCAGCAUGGGUUGGGCGGGCAGCAUGGGUUGGGCGGGCAGCAUGGGUUGGGCGGGCAGCAUGGGUUGGGCGGGCAGCAUGGGUUGGGCGGGCAGCAUGGGUCGGGCGGGCAGCAUGGGUUGGGCGGGCAGCAUGGGUUGGGCGGGCAGCAUGGGUCGGGCGGGCAGCAUGGGUUGGGCGGGCAGCAUGGAUUGGGCGGGCAGCAUGGGUUGGGCGGGCAGCAUGGGUCGGGCGGGCAGCAUGAGUCGGGCGGGCAGCAUGGGUCGGGCGGGCAGCAUGGGUUGGGCGGGCAGCAUGGGUUGGGUGGGCAGCAUGGGUUGGGCGGGUAGCAUGGGUUGGGCGGGCAGCAUGGGUUGGGCGGGCAGCAUGGGUUGGGCGGGCAGCAUGGGUCGGGGGCGGGGGCAGCAUGGGUUGGGCGGGCAGCAUGGGUUGGGCGGAGCAGCAUGGGGUUGGGCGGGCAGCAUGGGUUGGGCGGGGCAGCAUGGGUUGGGGCGGGCAGCAUGGGUCGGGCGGGCAGCAUGGGUUGGGCGGGCAGCAUGGGUUGGGCGGGCAGACAUGGGUCGGCGGGCAGCAUGGUUGGGCGGGCAGCAUGGAUUGGGCGGGCAGCAUGGGUUGGGCGGGCAGCAAUGGGUUGGGCGGGCAGCAUGGGUUGGGGCGGGCAGCAUGGGUCGGGCGGGCAGCAUGGGUUGGGCGGGCAGCAUGGGUCGGGCGGGCAGCAUGGGUUGGGGCGGGCACAUGGGUUGGGGGCGGGCAGGCAAAUGGGUUGGGGCGGGCAGCUAUGGGUUGGGCAGGCAGCAUGGGUCGGGGCGGGCAGCAUGGGUUGGGCGGGCAGCAUGGGUUGGGCGGGCAGCAUGGGUUCGGGGCGGGCAGCAUGGGUUGGGCGGGCAGCAUGGGUCGGGCGGGCAGCAUGGGUUGGGCGGGCAGCAUGGGUUGGGCGGGCAGCAUGGGUUGGGCGGGCAGCAUGGGUUGGGCGGGCAGCAUGGGUUGGGCGGGCAGCAUGGGUCGGGCGGGCAGCAUGGGUCGGGCGGGCAGCAUGGGUUGGGCGGGCAGCAUGGGUCGGGCGGGCAGCAUGGGUUGGGCGGGCAGCAUGGGUUGGGCGGGCAGCAUGGAUUGGGCGGGCAGCAUGGGUUGGGCGGGCAGCAUGGGUUGGGCGGGCAGCAUGGGUUGGGCGGGCAGCAUGGGUUGGGCGGGCAGCAUGGGUCGGGCGGGCAGCAUGGGUUGGGCGGGCAGCAUGGGUUGGGCGGGCAGCAUGGGUUGGGCGGGCAGCAUGGGUUGGGCGGGCAGCAUGGGUUGGGCGGGCAGCAUGGGUUGGGCGGGAGGGCAGCAUGGGUUGGGCGGGCAGCAUGGUCGGGCGGGCAGCAUGGGUUGGGCGGGCAGCAUGGGUUGGGCGGCAGCAUGGGUUGGGCGGGCAGCAUGGGUUGGGCGGGCAGCAUGGGUUGGGCGGGCAGCAUGGGUCGGGCGGGCAGCAUGGGUUGGGCGGGCAGCAUGGGUUGGGCGGGCAGCAUGGGUCGGGCGGGCAGCAUGGGUUGGGCGGGCAGCAUGGUUGGGCGGGCAGCAUGGGUUGGGCGGGCAGCAUGGGUUGGGCGGGCAGCAUGGGUUGGGCGGGCAGCAUGGGUCGGGCGGGCAGCAUGGUUGGGCGGGCAGCAUGGGUCGGGCGGGCAGCAUGGGUUGGGCGGGCAGCAUGGAUUGGGCGGCAGCAUGGGUCGGGCGGGCAGCAUGGGUCGGGCGGGCAGCAUGGGUCGGGCGGGCAGCAUGGGUUGGGCGGGCAGCAUGGGUUGGGCGGGCAGCAUGGGUUGGGCUGCAGCAUGGGUUGGGCGGGCAGCAUGGGUUGGGCGGGCAGCAUGGGUCGGGCGGGCAGCAUGGGUUGGGCGGGCAGCAUGGGUUGGGCGGGCAGCAUGGGUCGGGCGGGCAGCAUGGGUUGGGCGGGCAGCAUGGGUUGGGCGGGCAGCAUGGGUUGGGCGGGCAGCAUGGGUUGGGCGGGCAGCAUGGGUUGGGCGGGCAGCAUGGGUUGGGCGAGCAGCAUGGGUCGGGCGGGCAGCAUGGGUUGGGCGGGCAGCAUGGGUUGGGCGGGCAGCAUGGGUCGGGCGGGCAGCAUGGGUUGGGCGGCAGCAUGGAUUGGGCGGGCAGCAUGGGUUGGGGGCGGGCAGCAUGGGUUGGGCGGGCAGCAUGGGUUGGGCGGGCAGCAUGGGUCGGGCGGGCAGCAUGGGUUGGGCGGGCAGCAUGGAUUGGGCGGGCAGCAUGGGUUGGGAGGGCAGCAUGGGUUGGGGGCGGGCAGCAUGGGUUGGGCGGGCAGCAUGGGUCGGGCGGCAGCAUGGGUUGGGCGGGCAGCAUGGGUCGGGCGGGCAGCAUGGGUUGGGCGGGCAGCAUGGGUUGGGCGGGCAGCAUGGGUUGGGCGGGCAGCAUGGGUUGGGCGGGCAGUAUGGGUUGGGCGGGCAGCAUGGGUCGGGCGGGCAGCAUGGGUCCGGGCGGGCAGCAUGGGUUGGGCGGGCAGCAUGGGUCGGGCGGGCAGCAUGGGUUGGGCGGGCAGCAUGGGUUGGGCAGGGCAGCAUGGAUUGGGCGGGCAGCAUGGGUGGGGCGGGCAGCAUGGGUUGGGCGGGCAGCAUGGGUUGGGCGGGCAGCAUGGGUUGGGCGGGCAGCAUGGGUUGGGCGGGCAGCAUGGGGUUGGGCGGGCAGCAUGGGUUGGGCGGGCAGCAUGGGUCGGGCGGGCAGCAUGGGUGGCGGCAGCAUGGGUCGGGCGGGCAGCAUGGGUUCGGGCGGGCAGCAUGGGUUGGGCGGGCAGCAUGGGUCGGGCGGGCAGCAUGGGUUGGGCGGGCAGCAUGGGUUGGGCGGGCAGCAUGGGAUUGGGCGGGCAGCAUGGGUUGGGCGGGCAGCAUGGGUUGGGCGGGCAGCAUGGGUUGGGCGGGCAGCAUGGGUUGGGGCGGGCAGCAUGGGUCGGGCGGGCAGCAUGGGUCGGGCGGGGCAGCAUGGGUUGGCGGGCAGCAUGGGUCUGGGCGGGCAGCAUGGGUUGGGCGGGCAGCUGGGGGUUGGGCGGGCAGCAUGGGUUGGGUUGGGCGGGCAGCAUGGGUUGGGCGGGCGCUGGGUUGGGGCCAGCAUGGUUGGGCGGGCAGCAUGGGUCGGGCGGACAGCAUGGGUCGGGGCGGGCAGCAUGGGUUGGGCGGGCAGCAUGGGUCGGGCGGGCAGCAUGGGUUGGGCGGGCAGCAUGGGUUGGCCGGGCAGCAUGGGAUUGGGCGGGCAGCAUGGGUUGGGCGGGCAGCAUGGGUUGGGCGGGCAGCAUGGGUUUGGGCGGGCAGCAUGGGUUGGGCGGGCAGCAUGGGUUGGGCGGGCAGCAUGGGUUGGGCGGGCAGCAUGGUUGGGCGGGCAGCAUGGGUCGGGCGGGCAGCAUGGUUGGGGCGGGGCAGCAUGGGUUGGGCGGGCAGCAUGGGUUGGGCGGGCAGCAUGGGUUGGGCGGGCCAGCAUGGGUUGGGCGGGCAGCAUGGGUUGGGGCGGGCAUGGGCGGGGCGGGCAGCAUGGUUCGGGCGGGCAGCAGGGGUUGGGGGGCAGCAUGGGUUGGGCGGGCAGCAUGGGUCGGGCGGGCAGCAUGGGUUUGGGCGGGCAGCAUGGGAUUGGGGCGGCAGCAUGGUUGGGCGGGGCAGCAUGGGUUUGGCGGGCAGCAUGGGUUGGGCGGGCAGCAUGGGUCGGGCGGGCAGCAUGGGUUGGGCGGGCAGCAUGGGGCGGGCGGGCAGCAUGGGUUGGGCGGGCAGCAUGGAUUGGGCGGGCAGCAUGGGUCGGGGCGGCAGCAUGGGUCGGGGCGGGCAGCAGGGGUCGGGCGGGCAGCAUGGGUUGGGCGGGCAGCAUGGGUUGGGGCGGGCAGCAUGGGGUUGGGCGGGCAGCAGGGGUUGGGCGGGCAGCAUGGGUUGGGCGGGCAGCAUGGGUCGGGAGGCGGCAGCAUGGGUUGGGCGGGCAGCAUGGGUUGGGCGGGCAGCAUGGGUCAGGCGGGCAGCAUGGGUUGGGCGGGCAGCAUGGGUUUGGGCGGGCAGCAUGGGUUGGGCGGGCAGCAUGGGUUGGGCGGGCAGCAUGGGUUGGGCGGGCAGCAUGGGUUGGGCGAGCAGCAUGGGUCGGGCGGGCAGCAUGGGUUGGGCGGGCAGCAUGGGUCGGGCGGGCAGCAUGGGUUGGGCGGCAGCAUGGGUUGGGGCGGGCAGCAUGGGUUUGGGCGGGCAGCAUGGGUUGGGCGGCAGCAUGGGUCGGGCGGGCAGCAUGGGUUGGGCGGGGCAGCAUGGGUUUGGGCGGGCAGCAUGGGGUCGGGCGGGGCAGCAUGGGUUGGGCGGGGCAGCAUGGAUUGGGCGGGCAGCAUGGGUUUGGGCGGGGCAGCAUGGGUCGGGCGGCAGCAUGAGUCGGCGGGCAGCAUGGGUCGGGCGGCAGACACUGGGUUGGGCGGGCAGCAUGGGUUGGGUGGGCGAGCCAUGGGUUGGGGGCGGGUAG